AUGUCUCUUCCAAAGAUAUUUCCUUCCCAACAUCGACAACUCUUGACAGACCUCAUCAACUGUACUCACAACAAAGACAUCCUCAGAGGUCGCACUUUCCACGCUCGCAUCCUCAAAAACGGUUCCCUCUCUUCCAUUUACAUCGCCAACACUCUCUUCAAUCUCUACGCCAAGUCCAACCACUUAUCACAAGCUCUCAUCCUCUUCAAUUCCAUCGACGACAGCCACAAAGACGUCGUUUCAUGGAACUCCCUCAUCAACGCUUUCUCCCAACACCAUUCCCCUGCAUCUUAUUCCUUUGCUAUAUACCUCUUUCGCCGUAUGAUGCGCACCAACAACGUCACCCCUAAUGCACAUACUCUCGCCGGUGUUUUCUCCGCCGCGUCUAAUCUCUCCGAUGUAACUGCUGGCCGACAAGCUCAUUCGGUUGCUGUGAAAACCGCUUGCUUGGAUGAUGUUUAUGUUGGGAGUUCUCUACUUAAUAUGUAUUGUAAAACGGGUUUUGUUUUUGAUGCUCGUAAACUGUUUGAUAGAAUGCCCAACAGAAAUACCGUUUCGUGGGCUACUAUGAUUUCUGGGUAUGCUUCUAUUGGCGUUUCUGAUAAGGCGGUUGAGGUGUUUGAACUUAUGCGAUGUGAGGAAGAGAUUGAGAAUGAGUUUGCUCUUACUAGUGUUCUUAGCGCAUUGACGAAUUAUGAGUUUGUCGGUGUUGGUAGGCAGGUUCAUUCGCUUGCGGUUAAAAAUGGGUUGCUUACUAUUGUUUCUGUUGCAAAUGCUCUUGUGACGAUGUAUGCUAAGUGUGAUAGUCUUGAUGAUGCGGUUCGGACUUUUGAAUUUUCGGGGGAUAAGAAUUCUAUUACUUGGUCGGCUAUGGUUACUGGUUAUGCACAGAGUGGGGACUCUGAUAAAGCUUUGAUGCUUUUUAAUAGAAUGCAUUCUUCUGGAAUGUUGCCUUCUGAGUUUACUUUAGUCGGGGUGGUCAAUGCUUGCAGUGACCUUUGUGCUGUUGUGGAAGGCAAACAGAUGCAUGGUUUUGCCUUCAAGUUGGGAUUUGGAUUGCAGUUAUAUGUUUUGUCAGCUUUGGUGGAUAUGUAUGCAAAAUGCGGCAACUUAGCGGAUGCUCGUAAGGGUUUUGAGUGUAUACAGCAACCUGAUGUUGUUCUUUGGACUUCUAUCAUAACGGGGUAUGUACAAAAUGGGGAUUACGAAGGGGGUCUCAAUCUGUAUGGGAAAAUGCAGAUGGAGAGAGUUAUCCCGAAUGAACUAACAAUGGCAAGUGUCCUAAGAGCUUGUUCCAGCCUAGCUGCUUUAGACCAGGGAAAGCAAAUGCAUGCCCGGAUCAUAAAAUAUGGUUUCAAGUUGGAAGUUCCGAUUGGAAGUGCUCUUUCUGCUAUGUAUGCAAAGUGUGGAAGUCUAGCUGAUGGCUACCUUAUUUUUUGGAGGAUGUCUGCCAGAGAUGUAAUUUCGUGGAAUGCAAUGAUAUCUGGACUUUCUCAAAACGGUCAUGGUAACAAAGCCUUGGAGCUGUUUCAGAAGAUGUUAUUGGAGGGAAUAGAGCCUGAUUCAGUCACGUUUGUAAAUCUUCUAUCUGCUUGUAGUCAUAUGGGACUGGUGGACAAAGGCUGGGAUUAUUUCAAGAUGAUGUUUGAUGAGUUUAACAUUGCUCCAACAGUAGAGCAUUACGCUUGCAUGGUUGACAUUUUGAGCCGUGCUGGUAAGCUCAAUGAAGCUAAAGAGUUCAUUGAAUCUGCAACGGUUGAUCACGGUUUGUGUUUGUGGCGCAUAUUAUUGGGAGCUUGUAAGAACCAUCGUAACUACGAAAUAGGUACUUAUGCUGGAGAGAAACUAAUGGAGCUAGGGUCACCGGAGUCAUCUGCUUAUGUAUUGUUAUCAAGUAUAUAUACAGCCUUAGGGGAGUGGGAAAAUGUGGAACGUGUCAGGAGAAUGAUGAAAGCCAGAGGGGUGAAUAAAGAACCUGGCUGUAGCUGGAUUGAGUUAAAGAGUUUGGUUCAUGUAUUUGUUGUUGGAGACAAUAUGCACCCGCAGAUUGAUGAAAUACGAUCAGAGUUAAGGUUGUUAACCAAAUUGAUGAAAGAUGAAGGAUAUGAACCUCUUUCGGAUUCAUUGCCUGAAACUGUUUUAGAUAAUUUGACAGAUCAAGAAGGAAGCGACGAGAUACAACUUAGUGUUUGUGGUGGCUUGUAG